CCAUGGCCCCGAGGGGUGUUGGAGCGGCUCUCCUGUGCUGCUGCCUGGCCGCCUUCCUCCUCGGCGCCCUGGCUGAGGAGCGCGGCGGGGAGGGCCAGCACGCGAACAUUCGCCUCGAUAAGAACCUGGUGCAAGAUAAAGACCACAUCAUGGAACAUUUGGAAGGUGUUAUUGAAAAACCAGAAUCUGAGAUGUCUCCGCAAGAGUUGCAGCUUCAUUACUUCAAAAUGCACGAUUAUGAUGGCAAUAAUUUGUUAGAUGGCCUAGAGCUUGCUACCGCUAUAUCACAUGUCCACAAAGAGGAAGGUGGUGAGCAUACCCAGGCAAUGAAAGAAGAAGAGCUAAUUAGUCUAAUAGAUGAUGUCUUGCGAGAUGAUGAUAAGAACAAUGACGGAUACAUUGACUAUGCAGAAUUUGCAAAAUCACUGGAAUAAGGUUUUGCAGGGGGCUUGUUUCUCCUAGCUAAAUGGAAAUGUGACCUGGUAUAAUGUGAUUUAUUACUCCUGUCGAUCUUUGUGCUGCAGUGUUAGUGAGGAGAGGUGUACCAGUUGCAGCGGAAUUUCCUUGAAAAUUGUACCUGUUAAGAGGCUGGCUAAUACAGACUGAUAGCUGUGUUUGACUGAAUGGUUGAAUCUUGAAGCAUGGAAGCAUCAACAGUAUUCUCAAAUUCCAAUCUUUGAUUAUUGCGUUAUAUAGUACUUGUUUGCUUACGUCUAAUUUUAAAAUGUAAGCAAAAAUAAUUUUAAGAAAAUAACCUAGAAAGCAAGAAAAGAUAACUGCAUGUGUCAAGGAGAUGACUGUAUAUCAAGGAGAAAUUUCCUUACCUUCCCACUAAUUUCAAAGGAAACUUGCAUACAAGUACAGGUGCUUGAAACAGCAAUUGUAGAGGAAAAGUGUGUGAAAGUGGUUUGUGUUGGAGGUCCCCAUGACACCGUAUGGACUUUUAACACUAUGUUGCAAGAAAUUGAUCAUUUUUAAAUAUAUAUAUAUCCUAGUAUACUCUCAAAUGUUAUGUAUAAAUAUGUAUACAUGAUUUUCAAUUUAUUCUCAUCCUCCACAAAUUUACUUUUUAUAUUGCAUUUUACUAAAUUUUUCUCUACCUUCCCUGGUCUCUUCUUACAAAAAUGAAAGUAUUUUAUUACAUUUAUAAUGUUGUAUUAAUGCUGCAUAACAUAUACUAGAGUAGCUUCUGCUAUCUCGUUUUGAAGGUCAUGUUAACAGUAAACCAAUUUAAUAUAAAAGUUUCAGUUCAAUUUGAUUCUUACAGUAUUAGCCAGCAGGAUAAUCUGUGAGCAAGUAAUGCUGCCUUGUUGAGGUUUAAGUUCAUUUUCCUUGACGCUUAAAUUAUGGUGUUAAUUUCAGGAGUUAAUUUCAUAACUAACAGUUUCAAGAUACUUGAAUGUUUGUGAACAAACAUGGUUCUAGGAAUGUUUUCAUUGUCUUGAGUCAAUAAUUGGUAAGUCAAGCAGUUGAAGGAUAUUAAACAAGUGGUGUAUUGCUGCUUUGUUGGUAUUUGGUAACUAUAAAGCAUAACAGAAAUCUUAAAUUGCAUUCAAUCAUUAUCCCUGAAUAGAGAACCUAAAUGUUAGCAUUUCUCUAAAAUGUAUAAAGAGCUAUUUUCUGUACAAAAUUAUUCUUAUACAAGAGAAACACAUUUGUAAAAGAAAUUACUUCCUUUGUUUAAAUGUUUGAGCAACGAA